AUGACUUACAAGGCAGCUGGUGAGGAUGUUGUGUCGGGGGGAGAUUACGUGAAAUUGGAGGAGUGUCAGGCGGAGGCGUCAUCAUCGUCGGGUUGUUGUGGCGGUGGUGUCGUUGCCGGUGGCCGAGGUUGUUGGUGGUCUUGGUGGUGGUGGGCAAAGCUGGUGUUGGUAGUGCUGUUUGUUGCCGUGUUGGGUGCGGCUUUCUUCAAGUGGGUUGGGCCUUUCUUCAUGGAUAAGGAAAUCAUCCCCAUUAUAAUUUGGGAAAGGAAGACUUUCAGCACAACAAUGCUGGCACUCAUCGUAUUUGGCUCUCUUGCAAUAUUCCCCUCCCUUCUUAUACCUUCUACACCGUCCAUGUGGAUUGCUGGGAUGACUUUUGGAUAUGGUUAUGGAUUUCUGCUUACUAUUGGGGCCGUGGCUAUUGGCGUCACUAUUCCAUAUUUCAUUGGUUCACUUUUCUGUCAUAGAAUUCAUGCAUGGUUGGAAAGGUAUCCAAAGAAAGCUUCUAUUAUACGACUGGCCGGUGAGGGAAAUUGGUUCAGUCAAUUUCGUGCCGUUACUUUGAUUAGGAUUUCUCCUUUCCCUUAUAUUGUGUAUAACUAUUGCGCUAUGGCUACGGACGUGAAGUAUGGCCCUUAUCUGUUGGGAACUAUAUUAGGAAUGAUCCCAGAAAUCUUUGUUGCACUUUACACUGGCGUCCUCAUCAAGACUUUAGCCAAUGCUUCACAUGACCGGCACUCACUAUCAGCUCUUCAGAUUAUUUUCAAUGUCAUAGGCUUUUGCAUUACUGUGGUCACCACAGUAAUCGUCACUCUAUAUGCGAAAAAACGUCUCAAAGAACUCCAGAUGCAAGAGGACCUAUUGUUGCACUGA